ACCGAACCGAUAAACGCUGAAGUAGAAAAAUGAAUUGGUUCGAGAGCGCUAAAAACGCGAAUUGGUCUGAGUGCGCUAACGAUUUGUUAGAGAGAACAAAAAAUGUGAACUGGUCUGAGAUCACCAAAGAUUUACUGGAGCGCGUCAAAAACGUGAACUGGUCUGAGAGCGUCAAUAAUUUGAUGGAGAGCGCCAAGAAUUCGAAUUGGUCUGAGACCGCUAGAAAUUUGGGAUUGAGCGCUAAGAAUUGGUUAGGAGACGAAAUUGGUGCCGCGAAAGAAAGUGUUGAGAUUAGGCAUUUAGUUGUGGGAGGCGUACUCGUUCUUCUCGUCGUCGUUGUUAUUCGGGGCCGUGGGUCUGGUGGUGCUUCUAAUGGCAGAAAAAUUAUGAAAGCUCCUGGCGGGAAAGGCAAAACUAUGUACAGGGACGUCUUUGAAGGUAACCCUAGAAGCUACUUUCGCGGUUCGCGCAACAAAAAGACUUAGAAAACAAGCAGAUCCACAUCAAGGUGUGGCUCUUGCCACCGCCGCUGCAGUCGGGAUCACCGGUGCCAUCUUCUAGUUUGGCUCUUCGUCCUCCAAGGAUGAGUCUAGAUCGAAAACCAUGAAAGCUCUUGGUAAGAACGACGAGGUCAUGUACAGGAACGACUUUGUAAA